AUGGGGCUAUUGCUGAAGCUGUGGGCCCACAGGUUGUGGCCCAACGACAAUGCCAAGACGACACAAAGGGCGAGAAUGAAGGUCAAUUUAAGAGUGACGGCCAUGGCCCGUUUGGCCCGGUCAGGCUCUCCUGCACCCAACUCGUUCGACACCCUCGUGCUGAAAAUAGUAAAUCAACUAGUUGAAACUUCCGAGUUCGGCAUCAACCCGGCCAGCAAGACGAGAAUCUCAAAAGCCCAAUACUCGAGGCUGGUUCGACAAAUGACAACAUGGAAAAAACAUAAUUUCAUCAAGCCAUAG